AUGAGAGCCGACUAUGGCAAACUAAACAAGAAAGUAAGGAGCAUUUGGGAGUGUUGUGAGCUCCUAAAUGAUGUGGUGGACGAGAGUGAUCCUGAUCUCGACGAGCCUCAAAUUCAGCAUCUACUUCAAUCCGCCGAGGCUAUCCGAAAAGAUUAUCCAGAUGAAGACUGGCUUCGUCUGACCGCUCUGAUCCAUGAUCUUGGAAAAGUCAUUACUCUUCCACAAUUCGGUGGACUUCCUCAGUGGGCUACUGUUGGUGACACAUUUCCUGUUGGGUGUGCGUUUGAUGAAUCUAACGUGCACCACAAGUAUUUCCUGGAAAACACAGAUUUUCACAACCCAGCCUACAACACCAAGACCGGGAUUUACACUGAAGGAUGUGGAUUAAACAAUGUAAUGAUGUCAUGGGGCCAUGACGAUUACAUGUACAUGGUGGCUAAGGAGAAUGGAAGCACAUUGCCGUCCGCAGGACUGUUUAUCAUUCGAUACCAUUCCUUUUACCCUUUGCACACGGCCGGGGAAUAUGUCCAUCUGAUGAACGAUGCAGAUAAAGAGAACCUUAAGUGGCUCCAUAUCUUUAAGUAA